UAUCUGACUUAUGUCAUUUCGCUUUCAAACAAAAAUUAUUUCAUAAGAGCUUACAGUAAUCAUAUUUUGUAACUCAAUGUGGCGAUAAAAUACUAUUAAUCGAAAUGACACCGUUAAUUCGUUUUAAACAUAGGGGGUUGUAUCGAUUAAAUUUGUUUCCAGUUUAUCUGAGACAUUAUGCGGAGAAGGCAGAACAGAAGCCGGAGAAGGUAGUCGAACCUCAAAGGAUUUUCAAGCUGUAUCGAUUCGCAGGCAUCCGCAGCAAGGAGGAACCGAAGAUGCAGACCUUUGAACUUGACAUAAGAAAUUGUGGCAACAUGCUUCUGGACGCCAUGAUCAAGAUAAAAGACAUGGACCCGACGUUCACCUUCCGUAGAUCCUGCCGAGAAGGUAUAUGUGGCUCCUGCGCCGUUUGUCUCCAAGGUCAUAAUUGCCUCGCUUGUAUCACCAGGAUCCCCAAUGCAAAGACGAUAUCUAUCCACCCCCUGCCCCAUAUGUACGUGAUCAGAGACCUCGUGGUGGACAUGGCUCAUUUCUUCAAAGGUUACAACAGUAUCCGGCCAUAUUUGAUUCCAAAAAGCGGGAAGCCAGUAGGCAGCUUGCAGUAUGCUCAGAGCUAUCAAGAUAAUCAAAAACUAGUGGGUCUUUACGAAUGUGUGCUUUGCGCUUGCUGUUCGACCUCUUGCCCGAGCUAUUGGUGGAACGGCAGGAGGUUCCUGGGUCCUGCUUCCCUACUGCACGCCUACCGGUGGGUCAUUGACACUCGAGACGGGGAUACGCAACAGAGAUUGGCGUUUUUAAGAGAUGAUUUCAUGCUGUACCGGUGCCAUACCAUCCUGAACUGUAUGUUGGCUUGCCCCAAAGGCUUACAUCCUGGCUUUGCUAUAGCUAAACUGAAAAGACUUGUAGCGGGUCUUGAUAAAAACCCUCUUCCAGAGAUAGAUCCGCUUAAGUACAGCUCGGGUGGUGGGGGGUGUUCAGACCCCGGCUCCCCUCCCUUAAGUGGGUGUGUAAAAUGAUCUAUUUAUGCAUUAUUUUUGUACAAACAUUUCUUUUUUAUUUUUUUGCGUUUUUUGACCUGACUUAAAUAUGAUCAAGUUAAAAUUCUUAUUGGGUUCUGUUUUAUGCAAUAUUUGGAACUGCACAAUAAUUAAACGAGUUAAUUUA